AUGACGAGUCAAGAACUGAGCCAGCACGGCAAGACUUCGAAAUCCGAAACUGAGAUAGCCAUGGGCUGGUAUUGCCCAGACAACAUUCACGGAGACAACCAGGAGUUAGCUCAAAGUGGAAGAGAAAAGACUGAAACCACUAUUCUCCUGCGUUCGCCUGGGCUCCCUUCCACCUGUCAGGGCCAGUACAUCUUCCAAGACGCUCAGGAGAACGCAGGAGACCCCAGGACAGCCCUGUCCUACUAUAACAUCACCCUGAUGGAGGAGAAGCUGCAGCCAAUAGAACAGCAGCUCCAGUACCUGCUGAAGAAGGCAGAGGAGUUUCAAACACACCUCGUCUACAGCCGAGAUCGCAUGCACAAGGAAGACUUUGCCCGAGCAGUGCCCACCUUCCUGAAGACAUGCCAGCCGUACUUCGGGUACCUGGAGUCUACGGCCCGCAGCUCGCUGCCCGAGUGCAGACCCCUGCCUGAAUACAUGAAGAAACGGCUGCUGCAGUUCUCCCAACAGCUGUCCAGCAGCCUUGAGCAGCUGGUGUUGAUGUACGCCUCCUUCGACUUCAUCUCACUGGAGGAGACUGACCCCUGCAG